CAAGCUCUUAAGUUCUUACAUCAAAUGAUACUAUGAUGCUAUUACCAACCUACAACCACUGUAUGUUGUAUUAGUAUGGUAAACUAGUUAUCUGCAUCUCCUGACCUCUUCUUCGCCGCCUAAACCAGAAAUUCAAUGUAUUACAGAAGUGUUAUGUAAGGUACGUGAGCUGGUCAGUCGUCCAUCUACAUAUAUUAGCAUAUGUACCUAACUACAGAUGUAGCUACAUAUGGCUACAUAUGGCUACAUAUGUAGGUUAGUCAUAUGCACCUCGAAUAUCUCGUGUAUGGUACCUUAUGCUCUACUUGCUAGAGUGUCAUGGCCAGCUGACAGUCAGACUUGGUAGUCCCUCAACCCUGCAGCAAUCAUUAUUCUCACUCUUACUCUAUUAACUUCCAACCGCCAUAUAUCCUUUUGCCUACCUACCCAACCUACCCACCACUCUUUCGUUAUUUGCUUGAUUAAUUCAUCUAUCUGCCUACCUACCUCUUUUUUUCCUAACCUAACAGUACCUUACCUAACCUACACACGCUACCUAGGCAAUCUAUCCUACCUUGUAUUAUCUAGACGAACCUUAGACCAGACGAGCAAGCGAGCAAGCGAGCGAGCGAUCCAGCCAGUAACCUAACUAGCAACCUAGUCUGCCUUCCUCUACUUUGGAUUCUCCCAACGCCCAUAGGACACAAUAGAAGAGAAGGGAGGGUAAAAAAAGAAAAAAAGAAAAGGGAAGAGAAAAUGAAGGAUCCCUUCCCCAUCCCACCUAUCCCUGCCCUGAGCAAGGCUGUCCAGCCAUGGGCCGAUUAUUUCGAGUUGCCCACGCUGCCGCUUCAUAUCCACGAAGUCGUCAUAAUGGCCGCCUUCUACCAUGUCAUCGGCACCGUCGUCUCCCCUAGGUUGUCAAAAUGGCUCUUCCCCGUCCGGUAUACGGCCCUCUCUCCCAGCAGAAGGCUGAGCUGGGACGUUCAUGUCGUCUCCUUCGUUCAGAGUACUACGAUAAACGUCCUUGCUCUCUGGGUCAUGUUCGUCGACGAGGAGCGUAAGAAUAUGGAUUGGCAGGAACGUCUCUGGGGCUAUACAGGUGGUGCUGCCAUGAUUCAAGCCCUCGCUGCUGGGUAUUUCCUCUGGGAUCUCAUCAUGACUGCUAGCCACGUCAACAUUUUCGGUCUCGGCAUGCUCGCGCAUGCCAUUAGUGCUCUACUGGUUUAUUCUUUUGGCUUUCGACCUUUCGUCAACUACUACAGUUGCAAUUUCAUCCUGUGGGAACUGUCCUCGCCCUUCCUCAAUAUACAUUGGUUCUUUGACAAGCUGGGUAUGACCGGGUCUCGGGCUCAGCUGUACAACGGCCUGAUGCUUAUCUUCACCUUUUUCUCCUGCCGUCUCGUGUGGGGCACAUACCAAUCCGUCAUGGUUGCUCGUGACCUGUGGGCUGGCCUGAACACGGUCCCUGUCGUCUUGGCUACUGUGUCGCCCGAGGAAGCCCUCCAAGCAACAUUUCCUCCCCAAUACGCGCAAACUAUGAAAUACGUAUCCGACACAACCAGCAUCCCCACGUGGCUUGCUGCCGUUUAUCUCGGCAGCAACCUGACCCUAAACUCCUUGAAUUUCUACUGGUUCUUCAAAAUGAUCGACGCCGUACGUAAACGGUUCGAUCCCAAAGAGAAAAAUGUGAAGGUUGAAGACAAGGUGGUGCAGGACGAGGCUGUCGCUUCUAGCGUACAAGCUAAUAGUCAUGGUGAUGAGUUGAAGAUGCGACCGCGCCGAGGCACCCUACUAGACGGGGAGGAGGUAGAUGACCCUCCACCAAUCUAGGCUUUCCAAUAGAAGUUCGGCGGUUUUAUACAUGGGCCUCUUAUGUGUUGUGAUUAUUCGUCGUGAGAGCUUGAAUGCAAGAUAUUGAUGUCACGUGGCCCCCGCUACUACAGAUAUAUCCACCUGGGGAAAGUGGCAAGUGGCAAUACAAAUUAAUCUCAACCCCGAAGGACAACAAGGUCCCCACUAUUCUAUUAUAAUCUAUUAUAUACCAACAGCUGAUGUUGAGAAAGAAGAAGAAGUUUUGAAGAGUGAACCGAAAUGCCUGAACACAGACACUAGGCGGGGUUUCCUCUAUACGGGAUCGAUUGUCGAGUGGAUUUCACGAUAUAUGCAUGAGAACAUCUUAUAGUCCAAAUAUUUGCACGGUAUUUUUCUUAGAGGGAAGGGGGGAGGAAAUCGUAACCCCCCUAAUCUACCUACCUACCUACCUACCUAUCCAUAUAUCUAUUGUACCUAGCUGCUGAUUAAUGUAUUUUCGGCGCUU